AUGAAGGCUGCCAGCGUCUUGGCCUUGGUGGCCGGUUUCCUCACAGUUACAGAAUCCAAAAUCUAUACUCGCUGUAAACUGGCAAAGAUAUUUGCAAGGGCCAACCUGGACAAUUACAUGGGAUUUAGCCUUGGAAACUGGAUCUGCAUGGCGUACUAUGAGAGCCACUACAACACCACGGCCCGGAAGGUCCUAGAGGAUGGGAGCAUCGACUAUGGCAUCUUCCAGAUAAACAGCUUCACAUGGUGCAGAGACAAGAGGUUAUCAGAGAAGAACUACUGCCACGUGGCAUGCUCAGCCUUGCUCAUGGAUGACCUCACAGAUGCAAUUAUCUGUGCCAAGAAAAUCGCUAAAGAGACACAAGGGAUGAACUAUUGGCAAGGUUGGAAGAAGCACUGUGACGGCAAAGACCUGUCUGACUGGAAAAGAGGAUGUGACGUUUCAUAA